AUGUCCGGCAGCGACUUAAAGAGACAGAAAAUAGGUGUUUGGGGUCUUUUCAAAGAGGUGUUCAAUUGGUACCCAUCUAAUUACCCGACAAAUGAGCGAAAGUUGCUCUUCAAGCUGGAUUUAUCCAUCCUGGUAUUCGCAUGUCUAUGCUACCAGACCAACAUCAGCAACGCGUAUGUCAGUGGCCUAAAGGAAGACUUCAGUCUAAAUGGCAACCAACUUAACUAUUUCAACGUCUGCUAUUACACUGCCUACGUUGUAUUCCAAGUUCCUGGUCUGCUGUUGAUGUCGCGACCGACGCUGGCGAGAUGGCUGCUCCCUUCCCUUGAAAUUCUCUGGGGUGUAUGCACCUUUGCACAAAGUCGAGUCACAAAUGUCAGCCAGCUAUAUGCACUUCGAUUUCUAGUUGGCAUGUUUGAGGCGCCUGUCUUUGCUGGAACACACUUUAUUCUCGGCUCAUGGUACUCUGGCCCCGAACUUUUCAAACGAGCUGGAACGUGGUUUAUUUGCAACGCGCUUGGAACUAUGGUAAGCGGAUACCUGCAAUCCGCAGCCUACACCAACCUAUCCGGAGUGGGCGGCAUGCCUGGAUGGAAGUGGCUGUUUAUUAUAGACGGAAUUUUCACUAUUCCCGUCGCCAUUAUUGGCUUUCUAGUGUUCCCGGGGAUUCCGGAUUCUCCACGACCCUUCUUCCUGUCAGAAGAUGAUAUCGCCUUGGCCAAGGACCGGGCGCGAAGAGCAAACAUCCGUCGUCCGGGAAGGAUGACACUUGAUGUCUUCAAACGUACACUUAAGCGCUGGCAUAUCUGGGUCUUCAUCCUCUGUUAUGCGUGCAUGAUUAUAUCUUCUUAUCCUACCUCUUAUAUGAACCUCUGGCUAGAGGCAGAAGGCUACUCAGUGCCACAGGUCAACAAGCUGCCGACAGUGACCUACGCGAUCAAUAUCGUUGCUUCGUGGUUAGGGACCACGCUUGCUGCAAUUUAUCCAUCAUGGCUUAUUUACACUAUUGCGUCCACAUGCUGUUUAUUCUCUUCGCUGUGUAUGAUUAUUUGGAACAUACCAAAGGCCUUGAAGUUUGUCGCAUGGUACCUCUUUGGCGCGGCCGGGUGCACAAGUCCUAUUCUAUAUUCGACUGUUAAUACAAUUGUAAAGGAUGAUUCUGAAGAACGGGCGCUCAUCAUGGGCUCGAUGAUGACUUUCGGCUAUUCCUUUCAAAUAUGGGUUCCAUUGCUUCUUUUUCCUACUGCUGGUCCGGACGGUGCUCCGCGGUGGCGAAAGGGGUGGCCCGCCGCAUUCGCUUUUUUCUUUUUAUUGUGGGCGGGGUUCAUUGCAGCAACAUUGAUAUAUAGAAGGUAG